GAUAGUAGUGAGAUGGGUUUAUGAGUUUUAUAGGCGUUGGUGCUCGAAGUAAUCUUGAAAUAGCAAAGCAUCAAGAGGAAGCUCUUCAGAGACUAGGUUUUUUAUAUGAUGAGAUGAACGAAUUGUUUGUUCUUCAAAGUCACGCUUCUCAUCUUAAUGAUAAUGGAAUUAUCAGGAGUCUAAAUGCCACUGAAUUUUUAAAAAUUAUUAAAAAAGUUCUUCCUGAGUUAAUUUUUGCACAGUCAAGUGAUUUCGAUAGAACUUUUAUCAGACAUUCAUCAAAUAGUAAAUUUUCAGUCCAGGAUAUAAUAAAAAAUCAACAUUUUAAUAAUUCAAAUGGUACUGACAUCGACAUGGAAUGAGAUACAAACAAUCCAAAUCUCAAUAUACCAUUAUUCAACACACCAAAAGCAUCACAGCCACAAAAUCCAAACCCAACAAGAUCCAGAAGAAACUCUAAUAUCCCAAACGCAUUCACAAACCUCCAAAACCCACCCCUCCCUCAAAAUCCUAUCCAAAUUACAUACUUCGGGCUCCCUCCAAACACAACCCCCCUCACAAACCCUCGAGAGCACCAAAUCCCCCACUCACCACCAGCCCCAUCCCCAAACCCUCGAACACGAAGAAACUCCACACACCACACAAUCCCUCCUCUCACCCAAUCCCCCCUUCAAGCCCCCCACACAACUCCUCGCUCCAAGGCACCUCCAAACACACCUCCCAAAACCCCCCAAAAACCCCUUCUUUCCACCCAAUCUCUAUCCGCCCACAAGCGUAACAGAAAAGCCUUCCUCAAACUUGAGGAGUCCUGCAUGGAUUCUUCAUAACCCAGAAUUGUUC